AUGGGAUCUUCGCAGUCCACAAAGUCUUUUGACUCAACGGAGGAUCCGAGCAUCAACUGCGGUCUUGUAGAUGGCGAAACGCCCUCAGAAUUUAGUAGAUCGUACAGCGCCGACGAAGAAGCAGCUUCGCCAAAUCUUUCUGUCUCAUCUGAAGGAACUUCAGAUGAAUCUGAGACAAAUGAAUCCCCACAAAAACUUACUUGCGGCGAUGAAAAGCACUCACGACACUCCGCCAUUCUCAUUUUUGACCUUGAUGACACCCUGAUUCCUACAGAAUGGAUUCGAUCGACUUUCGCCGCACAAAAGCACAAGCACGCAACUGCUGAUGAGGUUUACCAAGAAAUAAGGGAAGAACUAGAACGCCUUACAUCAAAUAAAUUGACUCCUAUUAUUCUAGGCACUUUGAAGAGGGCCAAAAAGUGGAGCGAGACGGUCGUAAUUGUAACGAACGCAAGGAGUGUUAAGUGGCUAUCAGCAAUGAAAUCCCUCUUUCCCGAGGUUGUGCAGCUCCUUCAGGACGAAAAUAUCCCUAUUAUCCGUUCCUGCCCAACUGGAGAGGAGCCAAGCAUUCACGAGGCACCUGCGUACUUCAGUUAUUGGAUGAAUGCCAAGAAAACUAAAUUUUUUGAGGUCGUUGACCAGCACUUCCAAGUCAACUCUAUUUCGCCAACAACAACGGUAGAUCUCAUUUCCAUAGGGGACAACGACUUUGAAGAAUAUGCAGCUUUGCGUGCUGCCUAUGAGCUACCAACAAUAAGGCUUGCAAAAGUGGUCAAAUGCCGUUCGGGACUAGAACCGCAAUCGUUCCUGCAUUGGAAGAAGGAAAACUCAUUGAUGCCCCUCUUCGACGGAUCACAUGUGGAGUUCGGAAAGGCUCGCCCAGUGGUACUGCCAACGCUGAAGCAUAUCUUCCCCUGCUAA